GUCUAGGUGUAGCUUCGGCUAUGUGCCUUGAUACCCAGUACUACGAGCUCACACUUGAGAGUUGAGACCGGCAUCAAAGAUCUCUCGCCAUGCCACUACUCUCGCACGGCGACUUGCAGCUUGACGGCGAGCCCUCCGCCGCCCUACACGACGAUGUGGCGCCGAGGCGGGUGUGGGUGCCCGGGCCGGUGAUCGUCGGCGCCGGGCCGUCGGGGCUCGCCACGGCGGCGUGCCUCAAGGCGCGUGGGGUGCCGUCGCUGGUGCUGGAGCGGGACGCGUGCGUGGCCGCGUCGUGGCGGCACCGCACGUACGAGCGGAUGCGGCUGCACCUGCCGCGCUGCUUCUGCGAGCUCCCGCUGGUGCCCUUCCCCGCCGGUACGCCUCCGUACCCGACCAGGGACCAGUUCAUCGCCUACCUCGACGCCUACGCGCGCGCCUUCGCCGUCGAGCCGCUCCUCGGCGCGCGGGUCCGGGCCGCCGCCUACGACUCCGCCAUAGGCUUCUGGAGGGUCACCGUCGACGUCGACGGUGAAGGCGCUGUGGCAACGACGACGGAGUUCGUGUCCCGCUGGCUGGUGGUGGCCACCGGCGAGAAUGCCGAGCCGGUGUGGCCAGAGGGCGUUGAGGGGAUGGACGUGUACCGUGGCGCGGUGAUGCACACCAGCACCUACAAGAGAGGGGACGAGUUCGCGGGGAAGAAGGUCCUCGUCGUAGGAUGCGGCAAUUCCGGCAUGGAGGUCAGCCUGGACCUAUGCAACAAUGGCGCCAAGGCAUCCAUGGUCGUCAGGGACAAGCUUCAUGUGUUGCCUCGAGAUAUACUGGGCAUCUCAACAUUUGGCCUCUCUGUAUUCCUUCUCAAGUGGUUUCCGAUUGAAUGGGUAGAUGCCUUAUUCCUCUUUUGCUCAAGGUUGAUACUUGGAGACACCGCAAAAUAUGGUCUCCAACGGCCUAAGAUCGGCCCGCUCCAAAUAAAGAAAUCAACCGGCAAAACCCCUGUGCUUGAUAUAGGAGCUCUGAGAAAGAUUAGGGACGGUGAAAUAAAGGUGGUCCCGGCGAUCAACCGGUUCACUGAGGGUGGUGUUGAAUUCGCUGACGGAUGUAAGGAGGAUUUCGAUGCGGUCAUACUCGCCACCGGGUACAAAAGCAACGUGCCAUCAUGGCUCAAGGAGGAUGAAUUCUUCAGUGAGAGUGAUGGGUUCCCCAGGAAGGCAUUCCCGCACAGCUGGAGGGGCAAGAAUGGCCUCUACGCCACCGGCUUUACAAGGAGGGGUCUCAUGGGUUCCUCCUACGAUGCCUCGAGAAUCGCCGCCGACAUCGCCAACCAAUGGAGCGAGGCCCUUGCUAGGAAUAUCGUCGCUCACAACGAUGCUUGAACAAUAGUACUCUUAUGCUCUAAUUUCACCUGCUUGAAAUGUUCCGUGUUUUUGAGCAAUGCCUCCGUUGGUGUAUAUAUCUAUCUCCAGCUAUCUAAUGUGUCCGCAUAGAAAGAUAUUAUAGAGAUAUAUGUAUGGAAUAAUUAGUGAGAAGCAAGGUGGGGUAAUGCAGUAUAUCGCAAAUAUUCCUUUUCCA